AUGGAAAUUUAAUUAAAUGAAGAAUAAUAAAAAAUAUACAAUUUAGUACUAAACUCAAAGAAACAGGGAAUUACUAAAGCAAACCUUGUUAAAAAUGCAGGUCUCAAUGCUAAAGAAGUUGAAAAGAUAAUUAAAACAUUAGAAAAUAGAGAUAAGAUUAAAUCAGUCCGUCCUCAUGGCAGAACAACAGGAAUUAAACUUUGGAUAGACUAUAAUGAAACACCUGAAUCUAAUUUACCCACAAAUACUUUUAGAACAGCCGAAGAAGGUGUAGAUGAUGAUCUGAUUGAAAAAAUAAAAUAAAAACUAAUAUAUUUUAUGCAGUAGCAAAUGGAUAGUAGAGCAUCAUUAAGUGAUAUUCGUAGAAUUUAUAAAGCUCAAUAAGCACAACAUUAUAAUGAAUAGGAUUUUGAUCGCAUAGUCAACCUAUUAAAAUAUGAUUCAAUUCUUAUUGAAGAAGAAAAUUCUUUCUUUAAAUUAAAUCCAUUUAAGUAGCAGAAAUUCUAGUUUUAUUUAUCUUAUUUGCCCUGUUAAGUAAAUGAUUAUUUUAUUAUUAAAGACCUGUCCGGUGUUUAAUUAAUGUAAACCAGGUAAUACAAUUAGUCCAGAAAAAUGUAUAUUUGAAUGGUGA